AUGGAUGUCGACGGUGCGACGUGCAUUGCGGGCGAUGAGAGUAUUUUGCUUCAUGUGGCGAGGUUGAAGGGGCUGGAGGCGACUGUGGAGCAGAGGCAGUCGAAGAGUCCGAGUCCGAGUCCGAGUCUGAGUCUGAGUCCGAGUCUGAGCCCGCGUCCGAGUCCGAGUCCGCGUCCGAGUCCUGGCGCUGGCAAAGCGCGCCUCGAAAAGAAGCAGUCGCAACGACAGCAGCGACAGCAGCAGCAGCACAAACCAGAGCACAAACAGGCCCCAUCCCUGCAUGACAAACUGCGUGAAACGGACGACUUGCUCCGCUCCUGGCGCCGGUUCCAGAAGUUGAAAACCCCGCACGGUGUCCUGCGCCUGAUGGACGGUUUUGAGGUUAUUCUGCGCCACAAGGCGUUUUACGCGGGCCAGUUCUUUGGGAUUGAGGAUUGCGCGCUCUGGCCGGUUGUUAGGGAUAUUAUUAUGGAGGUUGGGAUGUUGGAUGAGAGCCGGUUUCCGGCGCUGAUGGGCUAUUACCAGAGGGUUGGGAGGAGGGGGUGUGUCAGGGCGGUUUUGGAGGAGGUAGCUCGGGAGAAGGAGAGGGAGAGGGCAGGGUGGGAGGAGGGGAGUUGA